AUGCUGGUUUUGGAUGAGGCUGAUGAAAUGUUGAAGAAAGGUUUCAAGGAGCAGAUCUAUGAUGUGUACAGGUAUUUGCCACCAGCCACACAGGUCGUUCUCAUCAGUGCCACACUGCCUCAGGAGAUCCUGGAGAUGACCAACAAGUUCAUGACCGACCCCAUCCGCAUCCUGGUGAAGCGUGAUGAGUUGACUCUGGAAGGCAUCAAACAGUUCUUUGUGGCCGUGGAAAGAGAGGAAUGGAAGUUUGAUACUCUAUGUGAUCUCUACGACACGCUGACCAUCACCCAGGCCGUAAUCUUCUGCAACACCAAGAGGAAGGUUGACUGGCUGACAGAGAAAAUGAGAGAAGCCAAUUUCACUGUGUCGUCCAUGCAUGGAGACAUGCCCCAGAAAGAACGAGAGUCUAUCAUGAAGGAGUUCCGGUCAGGUGCCAGCCGGGUGCUCAUCUCCACAGACGUCUGGGCUCGGGGCCUGGAUGUCCCUCAGGUGUCCCUCAUCAUUAACUAUGACCUGCCCAACAACAGAGAACUGUACAUUCACAGAAUUGGGAGAUCGGGUCGGUAUGGACGAAAAGGUGUGGCCAUCGAUUUUGUGAAGAAUGAUGACAUCCGGAUUCUCAGGGACAUCGAGCAGUACUAUGCCACCCAGAUAGACGAGAUGCCCAUGAACGUGGCUGACCUCAUCUGAAGCUGGUGCUGGUCC